AUGCACGGUAGAAAUUCGUCCAGCAGAGAAGGAAUGGAAGAGGUUGAAAGUGCCACAGAAGUUUUAACCAGAGUAGAUUGUGACCUGGAAUAUUCUUUUGAGAAGUUGGCAAACUUGCAUGUACUUUUAGUGCAUCUAUUGGCCAGGGAUAAUAAUCUUGAGGCAACAAUGGUCACAGAAAAUAGCUAUAUCUUGACAAUAGCUAUUGAGAAGGCAUUCACAUUUGAUCUUCUCUCUGGGAUUUUAGAUUCUGAGGUAAGAGAGGUGGAGAUUUUCAUGGAAAUUAUCCAAUCAGAGAUUGUUGAUGCGCGUCAUAAAAUAUCUUCAUGCAGACAAUCAACAGAACAAUUCACUACCAUGGAGAAGAAAUUGCAUAAUUCCGAAGAAUCGCUGUUCAAGUUUCGAGAGCGUGUCUUAGAGGUGAAGGCACAGUCAGCAAAAUUGCCAAUGGCCUUUUCAACAUUCAGACUUGAGAACUGGAAAGAUGAUAAGGCCACUGAGUUACCAGCCAAUGGGCAGAUUUCAAAUACAAAUGUGAAUUCAAAAAGGCAGACAGCUGAAAAACAAAGAAAUGUCCUGAGGAUGUUGGAGAAGUCUCUUAAAAGAGAAAUGGAUAUGCAGAAGAAAAUUUCUGCAGUAAAACAAAAUGAAGAACAGCUGAAAUUGAAGCUGCACUAUACGGAACAGGUGUCUUUUCGCAUGGAAGAAGCAGCAGAAGUGGUUUGGGGAAGGUUUUUAGAGGCAGAAAAUGCUUCUGAGGUGCUCAUGGGGAUUUCAAAAGAAAUGGUUGGUCGACUCCAGAUUUUUCAAUUUAAUUUGAAUGGUUCAGUCCAACGAGAAGCCGAGUUAAGAUCUAAACUGCAAGAUUGUAUAAAACAGCUGGAUGCCAAGGAUACUACUAUAAAGAAGCUUGAGAACAGCAUUGCAGAACACAUCACUAGAAGUUCUGAAGUGCCCAUUUUGAUGGAAAAAGUGAAAUCACUUGAAGAACAGCUGAAAAAAUCUGAGUUACGUCUAAACAAUGCAAAUGCUAUAAAUGUAGAAAGUCAAGAGCACCUAAGUGAAAUGGACAAUUUGGUCGAGUCUCUGAAAGAAAGCAUCUAUGAAGCAGAAACAAGGGCUGAGACUGUAGAGACAAAGAUCACACAGCUAACAGAUACAAAUGUGGAACUUAUGGAGGAAAUAAAUUUUCUUAAAGACAGUAGAGAUAGUAGCACAAAGAAGGUGACUGUACUUGAGAAGCAGUUGAGGGACUCAGAAAUCCAAUUACAGCAUGCAAAAGCAUCAUCUGAAGCAAGUCAAGAGCAACAAAACAUGUUAUAUUCUGCAAUUUGGGACAUGGAAACAUUAAUUGAUGACCUGAAAUCUAAGGUGAUGAAAGCUGAGAGUAAGACAGAUGGUGUAGAGGAGCAAUGCAUUGUAUUAUCUGAGUCUAACAUGGAACUUGAUAAAGAGGUCAGUUUCUUGAGGUCUAGAGUGAAAGCCUUGGAUAUGUCAUUGGAUGAAGCUAACAACUCAAAAGCUGCAAGUGCCAAAGAAAUUAGUGCGAGGACCGAGCUUAUCCUGGAUACAAUCAUGCAACUAACCACGGAAAGGGAACGCAUCCAGAAUCAGCUAUUUUCUCUGACAAAGGAGAAUGAAAUGCUGGCUGGGAAGUUAAGAGGUGCUUCAUUAACCAUGUCAACAAUGGACAUGUCGAUGACGACAAGUUGA